AUGUAUCAGGCGUUGAAGGCAUUCUAUAUGACACUUGCAGGCUUGCCGUACCAUGAGCAGAGCAAGGUGGUCAAUACUUUUACAUUGACGCUGGGUCCCCAUGGUGCACAAAUGGCCGAUGUGGUUUCAUCCUUUAAAGAGGCGUUUAGUGAGCUGAGGACUGGGAAGUGGGUGUUAUGCAGUGGUGAGAUGACAUUGGUUAACAUCAGUUUGCUAGCGCUUACAGCAGAUAUGCCACAGCAAGCUGCAAACAGUGGAUCCCUGGCACAUCAAGCAGAGAUUGGCUGUCGGUCAUGCUACUGCCCUAGAGGUUCACACAGGGACUUGUACUAUGAUGUGGUUUCUAAUGGCAGAUACCAUUUCAACACUGGUAUCAAGCGAGCCCAUGCAAUGGGGAUUGACAGGCGAGGGGAUCAGAACACAUAUUUCCAGAGUAUUGGGCUUUGA